AUGUCUAACUCCGAAAUUCACAUCAUAUCAACAUCAACGGUCACAAUCCAACCCCAAGGAGUUACGUCCCAGAUCAACUUAACACCGUGGGAUCUGGAGCUCCUAUUUCUCGAGUACAGCCAGAAGGGCCUUCUCUUUCUCAAGCCCAGCCCACAAACCGAGCCCAUUACCUCCUUAAUCCAACGCCUCAAACAAUCCCUCCAGCAGGCCCUCCAUUUCUUCCCUCCCCUCGCCGGCCGCCUCGCCGCAGCCGCGGCCCGCCGCUUCUCCAUCGACUGCAGCCCUGCGGGAGGCGGAGGUGCUCUCUUCGUCCACGCCAAGGCGGAUCUCUCCGUCUCCGACAUCCUCCGUCCGGCGUACGUCCCCGGCGCCGUCCAUUCUUUCUUCCCCCUCACCGGAGCCCGCAACAUCGACGGCGUGUCCCUGCCGCUGCUGGCGGCCCAGGUCACCGAGCUGGCCGACGGGAUCUUCGUCGGCCUCAGCGUCAACCACCUCCUCGCAGACGGGACCUCCUUCUGGCACUUCCUCAGCUCCUGGGCCGAGAUAUCCCGCGCCGGACCCGUCGUUCGGUUGUCCAAACCGCCGUCUCUCGACCGGGGCUGGCUCACCCUCGACCUGACGGGGUCGGCCGGGGUUGACGUCCACGACGCACUCCACAUGCUCGACGAAAGUCCCGAAUUACCACCACCAAAACCGAGCUUCCUCCGCGAAAGGAUUUUCCGUUUCUCCAAACGCGCCGUGGCCGGUCUCCGGGAGAAAGCCGGCAGGGAAGCCGCCGGGAUCAGAAUCUCAUCCCUCCAGGCGAUCGUGGCCCACGUGUGGCGGUCCGCCAUACGCUGCCGUUUUGGCGGGAAAAACCCGGCCGCCCGCGGAACAACGACGUCGUUCGAGAUACCGAUUGGCGCUCGGGGGCGACUCGACCCACCCCUACCCGAAGGGUAUUUUGGGAACGCAAUUUUCCCGGGGAUCGUGACCUUGAAAAUCGACGACGUGCUGGAGAACCGGCUGGGCUGGACGGGGGCCAGGAUAAACGAGAUGGUGGGCUCCUUCAAUACGCCCAGUAGGGUGAAGGAGGUAGGGAAAAAACCAGAUCCAGAUUUGUGCCCCCCCCCUUCUCCUUUCGGCGGCCAAUCCUGCUCGACUAGGCCUUGGCCGAGGCUGGAAGAGUGCUCCCCGCCCUACUAUGUCUUCGUUCCAGGUUGCAGCGCCGCCGUGCCGUGCUCGCCCGGAGUGGGGCUGUUGUUCGGCCUCGUUCUCCUCCUUCGGCCUCGCGCCGGUCUUUUGCCAAUCCUUGCGGAUUCGAGAUUGGAGAACAUGAUUACUGGAGCUGCUCAGAUGGAUGGGGGUAUUCUUGUUGUAUCUGCCCCCGACGGACCAAUACCGCAAACUAAGGAGCACAUUUUACUUGCUCGCCACGUGGGUGUGCCCUUUAUGGUGUGUUUCCUGAAUAAGGUCGAUGCUAUUGAUGACCCAGAGCUUCUAGAGCUUGCGGAAAUGGAGCUACGAGGGGCGUGGUAUAGUUGCAACGGGCCGUGUGGAGCAGGGUAUAAUCAAACCAGGGGAAGAAUUGAAAUCUUGGGACUUUCACAGACCAAACUUAAAAUCACGGUAACUGAUAUUGAGAUGUUCAAGAAAACUUUGGAUUUUGGCCAGGCUGGCGACUAUGUUGGUCUGCUUCUACGAGGCUUGAAACGUGAUGAUAUCCAACGAGGAAUGGUAAUUGCAAAAACCGGUACUCUCAAAACAUACACGAAAUUCGAGGCAGAGGUAUAUGUCCUCACGAAAGAGGAAGGUGGUCGCCACACGGCCUUCUCCUCGAAUUAUAGACCUCAAUUCUACAUGAGGACUGCUAAUGUCACCGGUAAAGUCGAGUUUCCUGAAAAUGUGAAGAUGGUUAUGCCUGGAGACAAUGUUACAGCUGUUUUCGAGCUUAUCUAUCCUGUUCCUCUCAAAGCAGGACAAAGAUUUGUCCUAAGGGAGGGUGGCCGAACUGUGGGUGCUGGAGUCGUUUCAAAAGUCAUUAGUUGA